AUGGGCGCCGACGACGAGCGCGACUACGACGGGCGGGAGAAGCGGCCCUCCAUCGACUCCUCGGACAACGACCACGGCCUCCCCCUGCAGCCCGUCAUCUCCCACCAUGCGCAUUUCGACGUCCCGCCGGCAGAGGCGAAGGACAGGGUCGACAACCGCGACCGGCUACCUGUAAUCGACAUCGAGCACGCGCCCGUCGACGACGACCCCCGCGAGUGGUCAAAUCGUAAGAAGACUGUGGUUCUGUACCUCAUGUCGUUUGCGGUGCUCGCACCGAUGAUCUCCCCUUCGAUCUACAACCCCGUCAUUGACGACGUGAAGACCGACCUGCACGCGAGCGACGCCCAGAUCGGUUUGUCCCUGUCCCUCUUCAUCCUGUUCCAGGGCGGUGUUCCCGUCAUCUGGGCCAGUAUCGGCGAGAUCAUCGGCCGGAAACCCGUCUACAUUGCCAGUUUCAUCCUCUACACGGCGGCGACAGCGAUCGGGUCGCGAUCACCAAACAUGCCGGUGCUUAUCGGGAUGCGAAUCGUUGUGGCGUGUGGCAGUUCAGCCGUUCUGUCGGCUGGUGCCGGCUCCCUCGCCGACAUGUACGAGGUGAAGGAACGAGGAAGAAAGAUGGGUCUCUUCUACGCCAUGCCGAUGCUGGGACCCUCGUUGGGAAGUCUGAUCGGCGGAGCGCUCGGAAACGCAUGGGGAUGGCGAAGCACGCAGUACUUCCUCGCCGUGUGGGGCUUCUGCAUGGUGAUCGCCUUCCUCUUCUUCCCCGACACUUGGCGCAAGGAACGGUCCCGCAUCUACCAGAAGGCGAUCACGGACGCGCUGAAACGAGAACUGAAGCAUCAAGCCCAGCUCGAGAAGAAACGGCAGCGCAAACUGUCCCGCGGCCUGACGAGUGAUGCUCCGACACCGGCUACGACAGCGCCGCAUUCGAGGAUGACGAGUGGCGUCGUCACGCCCGCGUUCACGGAGGCGACUACCGAUGUCGAGGCGGCCACGGGCAAGGUGGAGGGAGCACCCAGCUGGUGGCGCCGGCGUACGCCUGCCUGGCUCCAUCGGAAGGACAAGGAGGGAGCAGAGUACCGCCCGACGCUUAGAGACGUCAACCCCCUUCCUGUCAUGAUUAGCAUUUGGCGCGUGCCGAGCAACACGGUCGUGCUGAUCUGCUCCGGCUUCCUUUUCGCGGCCCAGUAUACGAUCGUGUACACAUGUUCCGUCACGCUCUCGGCCGCUCCCUACUCUUACAACCCGCUCCACAUUGGUCUCGUCAUCCUCGCCUUUGGCAUUGGAAACAUGACCGGCUCCCUCGUCGGAGGACGCAUCAGCGACCGUGUCCUUAAGCGUCUCACAGCCCGAAACGGCGGCAAGUCGACACCCGAAAUGCGCCUGAAGGCAAGUUUCAGCGGUAUGCCGCUCAUGAUUGCCAGCUUCCUUGUGUACGCAUGGACGAUGGACUUCAAGACGCAUAUUGCGGGUCCCGUUGUCGCACUCUUCUUCGGCGGCUUCUCCAUCCUCUUCGUAUACUCCAACACGCUGGCUUAUCUCGUUGACGCGAACCCGGGCAAGUCCUCGAGUGCGGUCGGUAACAACUCCAUGGUGCGCGGUAUCUGUGCAUGCGUCAUGAGCCAGAUUGCGCUGCCUAUUCUGCACGCUAUCGGGGACGGUGGACUCUACACCCUUUUCGCGGGUCUCCUCACUUGUUCCUGUUGUGGACUCAUCCUGGUCAGCUUCAAGGGUGCCAAGUGGCGCGAGAAACACCUCGCGAAGAGAGAGGGAGAGAGCCAGGCGACGAGCGCUCCGCCGGAGGAGAAUGAGGAGGGACCUGAGUCGCCGCCUUCGACGCCGCCCGCAGAGCAGAGACCCGAGACGGAGAAGCUCGAGCCUGUCAAUGAGAAGUCCGAGCGGACAGUGCCUGCACCGGCACCCACGCCGGCAACUCCCGGCACGUCCGUGCCAUCGCGAUAG